CCUCUUCUCUCUCUCAAUCGCAUAGCGCCACCGAUUUCCAGAGAGGCCACAGCUUUUUCCUCCUCUCUCUCUACUCAUUCGAGAUUUUAUUCAUUAUUGUUUUUUUUGUUCUUCCGAUUCAAAGUCCUGAUUUUUGUUUUCUGAAAUAAGAAACCGAGGGUUUUGUUUACGCGUGAAUUUGUUGAUUUCGCGUUGAAAAUUCAUUCCUUUUGUUGGCGUUAUACUGUCGUCAAGCUUUGAUUCGUACAGAUUUGGUCUCGUUCGUCGAGGAAAUCAGCCGGAGCUAGGCGAAGUAUUCGGGCUCAUCUAGGGUUUCGCCAUAGUCGAAGAGGCGGGUUUUGGUGCAAAAAGGGUUGGUGGCAUUUUGGUGGGCAACCCGAUCCAGGAGAAAUGUGGUGGAUGAUGGGAGAAAGCGGCGGACGCUACUGUUCUAAGAAGACAGAUGACAUUUGUGCCGGUGCCUGCGGACAGGAGUCUGGUCGGGUUUCCAGUCUCUCUAGACUUUGUUGUGUUCUUCGUGGCGUGGAUAUAAAGACCUAUAUACUACUGUUAGUGAUAGUUCCCAUGUGUGUGCUUGCGGGUUACAUCCAUGGCCAGAAGAUCUCCUACUUUCUACGCCCAUUGUGGGAAUCCCCACCCAAACCCUUCCAUGAUAUCCCUCACUAUUACCACGAAAAUGCUUCUAUGGAGUCUCUCUGUAGACUCCAUGGAUGGGGCAUCCGAGAAUACCCUAGGCGUGUCUAUGAUGCAGUCUUGUUUAGCAACGAGCUCGACAUCCUUACAGUACGUUGGAAAGAGUUAUACCCUUAUAUCACCCAGUUUGUCCUCCUGGAAUCUAAUUCAACCUUCACCGGCUUGCCAAAGCCUCUUGUGUUCGCCUCUCAUCGGGACGAGUUCAAAUUCGUUGAGCCACGCCUGACUUAUGGGACGGUUGGUGGAAGAUUCAAGAAAGGUCUGAACCCGUUCUACGAGGAAGCAUAUCAGAGGGUAGCUCUAGAUCAGCUCCUCAGGAUAGCCGGUAUUACAGAUGAUGACUUGUUGAUAAUGUCAGAUGUUGACGAGAUUCCCAGCAGAAACACCAUAAACCUUUUGAGGUGGUGUGAUGACAUCCCUCAGGUCCUCCACCUGAGGCUGAAGAAUUAUCUUUAUUCGUUUGAGUUUCUCGUCGAUAACAAGAGCUGGAGAGCUUCCGUCCACAGGUAUCAGACGGGUAAAACACGGUAUGCCCAUUACAGGCAAUCUGAUGAAAUUUUGGCAGAUGCAGGAUGGCAUUGCAGUUUUUGCUUCAGACACAUCAGCGAGUUCAUAUUCAAGAUGAAGGCUUAUAGCCAUUACGACAGAGUGAGGUUUGCUCAUUUCUUAAACCCGAAGAGAGUUCAAAGAGUGAUAUGCAAAGGAGCUGAUCUGUUUGAUAUGAUACCGGAAGAGUAUACCUUCAAGGAGAUUAUCGGGAAGAUGGGACCUAUCCCUCAUUCCUUCUCAGCUGUCCACCUUCCUUCUUAUCUCCUGGAAAAUGCGGACAAGUACAGGUUUCUCUUGCCGGGAAAUUGCAUAAGAGAGAGUGAAUGAUCAUCUGUCGGUACAGAAUAACGGUGUUUCUCAUUCCUUCAUUCAUUCAUGUAAAACCUCGGAUGGAGCUCUGUUGCUGGCUUAAACCCUCUCUACCAGAGAGCCAACCCGAUACAACCUAAGACUGAGAUGGCUGUGCAUUUUUUGUGAGGCAUACCUACCGGUUCUGUCGUGCUACUGCAGAGUUCAAUCAGAGGCAUUUUCAGAGAUUUGAGGGUGAAGCCAUUUGUAUAUAAUUUCCAUUGUUUCUCUUCUGAGAUCCUGAGUUUCCAUUUUUGAAUCAGAUCAAUUAGGCAUGAACUUCUCGAAGUUCUCCACUCUUGUCUUAGAACAGAACAUUGGUUUCUGAGUUAUCUGUGUUUUCCCAUGUCGGGGGGAAGUUUUGCUCUGAGACUCUUUACCUUUUUGUACA